UAUGAGGGAAUACGUUAAGAUGGCGGGUUAAACUUCAAAACAUAUUUUUACAAAUUUAGUAACAAUUGUAUAUAACGAGAUAAGUAAUAAGGAAAGAAAACAUGUUUUCCAAACGUAUCAAAGAAGAAACUAGUCAAAGGUUAUCUGGUGGUGAUAAAAUUUACGUCAGCUUGGGUUCAGGACCAGGAACUGUUUCAGCCACUGCUCAGAAAGGUUUCAACAAAAUGAGAAUUGAUGAUGUCCUGUGUGAUUAUACCAUCAAAGUGGAAGGAAAACAGUUAAAAGUUCAUAAGGCCUUACUUGCAGCAGUCAGUGAUUAUUUUAGGUCGAUGUUUACAGGGGGAAUGCUAGAGUCGAAGCAGGACUUUGUUGAACUUAAGGAUACUAGUGUUAGUGGAGUAGAAGCUGUACUAGAUUUCAUAUACACAGGCGAGCUGGCAAUCAACAUUGAAUGUGUCAAUGAUAUAUUAGCUACAGCAUCUCUAACACAGGUAGAAGAUGCCUUGAAGUUAUGUGAGCUAUUCCUGCAGGAUGCGCUAGACCCAUAUAACUGCCUUGAGGUGCUUAAUAUUGCUGAUGUGUACAACUUAGAAGACACCAAGCAACAUUGUCAGCAGUAUAUCACUGGUAACUUUGAACGUAUAACACAUACAGACGAAUUUAGUAAAAUCACAGUGGAACAACUAGAGCGUAUUGUUUGUAGAGAAGAUUUAGGGAUUGAUUCAGAAUUGAAUCUGUUCUUUAAUUUAAUGCUUUGGAUAGCUUAUGAUCGACGUGAGAGAGAGAAACAUGCUACUAGAUUACUCAAGCAUGUGCGUUUUGGAUUGAUUUCCCCUGAGGAUAUUGUUGAUGAGAUACAAGCUCAUAGUAUUAUGAACACUAACUCUGAGUGCCGAAAAUUUGUAGAUGAAGCACUGAAGUACCACGUGCUUCCUUUGAGACAACCCCUAUCAAACAUGCAAUCUAUACGUACCCAAGUCCGUGGAGAGCCUGCAUUAAUUGUGCAUGAUACAAAUGAAUCGCCUGAACAACUCAGACUUGUACCAAAAAACAUGCAAUGGGAGAAGCUUCCAAACGCUCCUCAGCUCCGUGUGUCAACUGCAUCUCUUGCCACUCACAACAACUUUCUUUUUGUAUGUGGAGGUAAAAAGACCCCAACUGCAGACCCCAAUAAUAUACUACGGAUGUACAACCCUGCAUCUGAUAAAUGGACAACAUUGGCUAACAUGAGGGAAUGUAGAAGUGGCUUUCCACUUGUUGAGCUAGAUGAGAAAUUAUAUGCUCUUGGUGGGGAAACAGUGGAUAGUAUAUGUACAUCGACUGUUGAGCAGUACUGUAUUGAAAAAUGCAAGUGGCAGGAUGUUAAACCUCUGCCCCAAGGGUUGAUAUCGCAUGCAGCGUGUGCUUGUAAAUCAAAGUUGUAUGUGAGUGGUGGCUACAACACGUCGAUACAGCGUCAAUCAACCAUGUAUAGCUACCAUCCAGCAAUUGAUAAAUGGGACCAUCUCCAGCCUAUGAUUAAGGUACGCUCACGACAUACCAUGUGCUCAAAUAAUGUUGAUGAAGUGUUUGUGAUUGAUUGCUUAAGUGACCAUAUUGAGACAUACAAUGUUAACACAGAUCAGUGGACAUUACUUGACCGGGUUGACCUUGCAGCCCUCCAUAUAUCACUACCAGUGCGUGAAUGUAGAAUCGUCACAAACAAUACUGAUGUUUAUUUCAUCUCGGAACAAGUAGACGAUCCAACAGACUCUACCAAUUUCAAACUGGACUUAAAAAGCAUGAGUGUUAGAAAAUUCGAAAGAUACACAGGUCUCGAUUCAAAACCGUUUGGAUAUUUUUUGACAAUACCUCUUAAAGGAGAACCUUUGAAAUUGUGAUUCAGAAUCACGAAUGCUCCCCUAGGAAAUGGAAGAGCGCAACGCUGUGCACUCUGGGGAACCAAUGUAUUCCAUUGAUUAUCUUUGAGAGUAAAGCUUUUUAUGAAUCUAACUGUAUCUGGCUAUCAUCAUUUUUAUGCAGAGGGGCAGCAGUUCAUUAGCUUGAGUAGCGAUAAUAAUUACCCCUUUUGGUCAUCAUGUUGAGUUUGCAAUAUAGAAUGGAACUAUAGUACUUCACACAAUAAUGUGUUAAUCAUU